UAGAGCUCAUUUCCAACCGUCGCACUGUCUCGAGCGGUCUACGAUGGAGCAUUGGUGCAACUGCUACAACUGCACGAUGAGGAGGGUGUCCAUGCACAACUUGCAGAAUCCCAACCUGGAGUUGCCACUCCCGGAGACGCCUCCAGGUACUCCACCGCGAUACCCGUGGCACCGUCCAGAGUCGCCACCACCGUUUGUGGAGCUGGAGUCUCCGAGAACCCCACCAAGAGAUCCUUGGUAUCGUCCGGUGACACCAACUCCAGAGGGUCAAGCGCAACCACAGGCACCGACUCCAGAGGGCCAGGCGCGACCGGUUGCCGUCGUGAGGCCUUGGCAGCGCCCGCUGUGGGGUACGUCCUCCAAGGUCGCCAACCCCAGAGGCUAGGGUGGAGACACCAAGGUCCAGGGUGGAAGCUCCAGAGGCCAGGGUGGAGACUUCAAGGGCGCCGACUCCACCACCCGGCCCAGAGA